GAUUCAAUUCGAUCACUCUUGUUAUUAAUCGGGAGGGUCAUCGCUUUGUUGAAGCUAUUCACCGCUAUGUUGGCCCUUAUAAUCCCCAAUUGAUGAGUGCUAAUUAUGGUCAUGAGAGUAUCCAUGAUAUAAUGCUUAAGUCUAAAAUUGGUAAGAUAUUGAGGCCUAUCAAGUUAAAACGUAUGGAUACUUCAAGAUGGGAUGGGUAUACUAGCAAUGGAUACUCUUCAAUGAGGGCUAUGAAUAAGUCUAAUGAGUGGGCAAUCAUUGAUGGCCAUGUUUAUAAUAUUGGUACUAAGAGGGAUGAAUCCUCUAAUGUAUAUGCGGACCAAAUUGGGUCAAGGAGAAUUGCUAAGAUUGACCAUGCCAAAGUAAAAGGACGGAAUUCAUGGAAUAAUAUGAGCGAAGCUAAAAUUGAAGGUAACGUGCGGGAAUGGGAGGACAGAGACCAUAUAACUUGA